GCACCGUCAACGAGGAACAAGCGGAGGGCCUGCGCGGCGGCGGAGCGCUGCAUCGCGCAGUACGUGCGAAAGCGUACGAACACCUGGCGGCGAGCUUUCGCAACCGCCUUGCCGCCGAGUGCGGACGCCACGCGGCUGCAGGAAGCAAACGACAUAAUGCUCGGAGCAGCCGGCAAGCGGUAGGAACCACGAGCGAGGAGCUGGUGGGCGCGAUCGAGCGAGCGUUUUAUUCCGAGCUGGAAAAAGACCCGAACCUGAGCGCUCGCGCCGGCCACGCUUUUCCCACCGGCGUCAAUGUGAACGAAGUUGCGGCGCACGACUCCCGAACGCCCGGGGCGUCGGCCCCACAAUACCUGCAACAGGGGGAUCUACCAAAUUGGGAACAAGUCGUGGAACUGCAAACGCCCGUUGCAUUGCAUUCGCUCUUCUUGUCUCGCCCGGAACACAGGAUAUUCUCUCGCUCCCGGCAAGGUCUUAGCAAACUGUGCAGAGCAGACAACCUUCGAAAGCAAAUUCUCGGCCUUCAACAUUUGGUGUCUCGUCUGGUUCGGCUGUGCAUGCAUAUGCUGAAAAUAAACAAUGAAUCACAACCCGUGGCAUGAUUGUUGCGCCUCGCUUUCCCUCCAUAACACGUUGUUUCGGUGGACUUUGGGAUUCACUACGACGGAUGGAUAGUCGACUCGGCGUUCUCCUUCACCUGGAGCGGAGCGGAUGUUGACGCACUGUCCGCUCUUAGGGGGUUUAAUUCAGGGGGACAGGCGGCCUUCGCCCUUUCCCCGCAAGAACAGCUUCUGGAAGUCGUGCAAGAGGCAACGUACACCGGCAUCCGCGCGGCGGGGAUGGACGUGAAAUUGUCCACGGUGUCUAGUGCGAUCCAGGAGGUGAUGGAUAUCACAAGAAAAAACUGUUUUACUGUGAACUUGUAAUGCAGAAACUGUAUCUGAGAAGUGUUUAUCUUGCUACAGCACAUGCAAGACACUAGAUUUUUAGCUGUGUUUUCUCUUAGAAAUCUCGCAUGGCAAAUUUUCUCUGUGAUGUAGAAAAAACUUGUGAUGCAAAACUUGCAAAAUCCUUACCGUGAAACACUUUUUUUUGCGAUAAUGGAGGCGGGCGAGGUAAUAACCACGGAGGGUCGGGUGUAUCCCGUGCAGCCGAUCCGCAACCUGAACGGGCAUGCGCUGGAGCAGGGAAAAAUCCACGCCGGUAAAAUGCUGGCCCCGAUUUUGGUCGGGUCGCGGCAGCGCAUGCGCGCGGGUGAACAGUGGGCCAUCGAAACGUUCGCUUCGUACAAGGGAUGGGGAUGGGUUUUCAACAUGGACCCCGCCUUAAUGAGCCACCAGUUGCACCCCUGCACGCACUACAUGCUCCGGCGCGGCACGUUCUUCGACAAGGUGUGGCGGGUACCUUCGGACUGCUCGAGGAGCAAGGAGACGGGCAGUACAGGGUCGUCGGCAACCAAAGACGGGCCUUUCCUCCGCGUCGCUGCGCCACCGAUGAGCCAAAAAGGUGCAGCCCGCACAACUACACGCACGAUGCUGAUAGAGCAGCAACUUCGGCGCGCGCUGCCGCUUUCGGCGCAACCGCGAGCGCGGGAUGCGUUUGAAAGUGCCGCGGUACUGUACCAACAGCUCUACGCGGACUUUUCAACCCUGGCCUUCUGUCCACGCUGGAUUUUGGCGAGACCGAGAAGGGGCUCCAUGGCCGCGGACGCCGUCUACAGGGGAAAUGCAAUGGACGAAGCCGCGUUGGACGAAGUAGCAGGAGGCAGUUUGCAGCCAUGUGCACUGCAAAAGCUGAGGUUGACGGAGGAAAAUAAUACGGCACUGCGAUCCAGGAAGAGUGUGGCGAGCGCAUCGCAGAAGAGUAGUCCCGGAAGCUGCGCGGGUUGGAAGCUGCCCGUUUUCACGGCGAAGGGACUAGCGGCGCACCUGGAACUACUCUGCGAAGCGGGACUGGUGGACGCAUAUCCGCCACUGGUCGAAAAGUUCGGUGCCUAUGUGGCUCAGUACGAGCACACACUGAUGAUCAAACCCGGAUCCAAUGCGAAGGAAGUUUUUACACAAGGUACUGACUACUGAGCAAUGCUGGAAAUAAAUCUACAGCACUGAGUGUUGUAAUGCUGGAAAACAAUCAUCAGCACCUUCUCUACUAAAGAAGCCUAGUCACUUUUUUGAGGGCGCUGUUUGCCUUUCGAACUCGAU